AUGGCUUCGUCGCUGUCCUCCACGCCCCUGAUGGCGGCCGUGCGAUCCAAGCAUCCCUCCUUUGCCGCUUGUCGAUCCUUUUCGCAGUCCGUCCAGCGCGCCGCUGGCUACGUGCCAAAUGAAGUCUCCGUCAAACAGCCGGCUCAGCCGAGUAUGCGCACCAGAGGGAGUGAAUUGAGUCGGGCAGAUCUGCCCCAGGAUAUUGGACUGUUGCCCGGAACAGUUGUUCGACCGCUCUGGAGAGAUAUGCCGUCGAUUUUCACACAACCAUCCGAGCGUCUACGGAUGGAAUGGCUGUGGAUGAAGACCAGUUUUCAGAACUUUCUAGGUCUGCUCGCCUAUACCAAGUGGCUCAACAAGGGAUUGCCGCUUCGUUUGAAAGAACGACGACAGGUCGCUCGCGACCUCCACCAGCAGAUGUACUCUGCAUUCGCCGAUGGCAACACCAUGAAACUCCGCAAGAUCUGCUGCACUGGUCUCGCCAACAACCUCAGCUCGCGCAUCAACGACCGCCCCAAGGAUGAGAAGGUUACCUGGGCCUUGGAGAAAUACAACCGCACUCCCGGAACUUUCCUCACCGGCCUGCGGGUCGUCUCCGACCGCGCCACACAAAUCCCCGAAUUGCCCAACUCCGGAGUUCGUCAAGUCAUCGUUCGCAUCACCAGUCGCCAGUCCACCGGAAAAGUCAAGGUGCAGCCGAAGAACAAACGUCUCGGGCCGUCCGUCCCCACCGAGACCCCCGUCGAGCCCCCCGCGGCGCCCAAACAGCAGGACUGCACGGAAUACGUGGUGGUCCAGAAACUGCGAUGGACCGGCGAGGAAGAGCCGUGGCGCAUCUGGGGCCACACUACGCCCAUGACCGUUGACAAUCUCCAGGACGCCGCCUUCGCCCCCGGAUUGUCGGCCGCGGAGCGUUUGGAGCUGAUGAAGAGCGAGAUGAUGGGCAAGAAAUAA